UGAGCACCAAGGCCAUGUGGUGCCACCCUUGCUGACUCUUGCCCUGCUCCCCCAGGUGGUAAAUACGUGCCCAGGGCCAUCCUGGUGGAUCUGGAGCCGGGGACGAUGGACUCGGUUCGCUCCGGCCCCUUCGGACAGAUCUUCCGGCCAGACAACUUCGUCUUCGGCCAGAGCGGCGCCGGCAACAACUGGGCCAAGGGGCACUACACGGAGGGCGCCGAGCUGGUGGACUCGGUGCUGGACGUGGUGCGCAAGGAGGCCGAGAGCUGCGACUGCCUGCAGGGCUUCCAGCUCACCCACUCGCUGGGCGGCGGCACCGGCUCGGGCAUGGGCACCCUGCUGAUCUCCAAGAUCCGCGAGGAGUACCCCGACCGCAUCAUGAACACCUUCUCGGUGGUGCCGUCCCCCAAGGUGUCGGACACGGUGGUGGAGCCCUACAACGCCACGCUGUCGGUGCACCAGCUGGUGGAGAACACCGACGAGACGUACUGCAUCGACAACGAGGCGCUCUACGACAUCUGCUUCCGCACCCUCAAGCUGACCACGCCCACCUACGGCGACCUCAACCACCUGGUGUCGGCCACCAUGAGCGGCGUCACCACCUGCCUGCGCUUCCCGGGCCAGCUCAACGCCGACCUGCGCAAGCUGGCCGUCAACAUGGUGCCCUUCCCCCGCCUGCACUUCUUCAUGCCCGGGUUCGCCCCGCUGACCAGCCGGGGCAGCCAGCAGUACCGCGCCCUCACCGUGCCCGAGCUCACCCAGCAGGUGUUCGACGCCAAGAACAUGAUGGCCGCCUGCGACCCCCGGCACGGCCGCUACCUGACGGUGGCCGCCGUCUUCCGGGGCCGCAUGUCCAUGAAGGAGGUGGACGAGCAGAUGCUCAACGUGCAGAACAAGAACAGCUCCUACUUCGUGGAGUGGAUCCCCAACAACGUCAAGACGGCCGUGUGCGACAUCCCCCCCCGGGGGCUGAAGAUGGCCGUCACCUUCAUCGGCAACUCCACCGCCAUCCAGGAGCUCUUCAAGAGGAUCUCGGAGCAGUUCACGGCCAUGUUCCGCAGGAAGGCCUUCCUGCACUGGUACACGGGCGAGGGCAUGGACGAGAUGGAGUUCACCGAGGCCGAGAGCAACAUGAACGACCUGGUGUCCGAGUACCAGCAGUACCAGGACGCCACGGCCGAGGAGGAGGAGGAUUUCGGCGAGGAGGCCGAGGAGGAGGCGUGAGGGAGGGAGUUUUGGUGUCCUCUUCUUCCCCCUUCCUUUCCCUCCCCUGCCCUGUGUGUGUGGCACCGGAGAGCCCUCGGUGUCGUCGUCGUCGUCGUCCUCGGUGGCAGCGGAGUCCUCGCCCGUCGUUGUUGUCGUCAUCAUCGUCGUCCCCCUCGGUUUUGUUGGCGCCCUGGAGGGUCCCUGAGCUUCGGUGUGGUCCUUGGAGAGUCCCCAGCGUUUGCUGUGGGCAGUGGAGUCACUGGAGAGUCCCCACGGUCAAUGAAGAGUCCUCAUCGUUCAUCAUGGUCAUUGGAGUCAUUGGAGAGUCCCCACGGUCAAUGAAGAGUCCCCAGUGUUCAUCGUGGUCAAUGAAGAGUUCUCAACGCUCACCAUGAUCAAUGAAGAGUUCCCAAUGUUCAUCGUGGUCAUUGGAGAGUCCCCAACGUUCAUCAUGAUCAAUGAAGAGUCCCCAACGUUCAUCAUGGUCAUUGGAGAGUCCCCACAGUCAAUGGAGAGUCCCCAGCGUUCAUCAUGGUCAUUGGAGAGUCCCCAACGUUCAUCAUGAUCAGUGGAGUCAUUGGAGAGUCCCCAACGUUCAUCAUGGUCAGUGGAACCAUUGGAGAGUCCUCAAUGUUCAUCGUGGUCAAUGAAGAGUCCUCACAGUCAUUGGAGAGUCCCCAACCUUGGCCAUGGUCAAUGAAGAGUCCCCAACCAUUACUGGAGAGUCUCCAACGUUCAUCAUGGUCAGUGGAGAGUCCCCAACGUUCAUGGUGGUCAUUGGAGUCAUUGAAGA